CCGGCAAGCAACAACGACAUUACCAUCACAGGGAACUCCCCCCGGACAGCCAGAAGGGCUUCCACACGCAGCACAACACUCAUGCGCCAGCUCUAGCGCGCCAGCAGCCCAGGUCGGAAGAGUGCAAGAGUGCAGCGGCCACUGGCUGCUGUGCUGGCGCUUGCCGUUCUGCUAACGGACAUGGACGACUACCCGACAGCAUGUCUAGCCCACGAUAUCCCUCUGCUGGCCGUGUCUGGCCUGACCUCGGCGGCCGCCAAGCAAUUGUCGCGUGCUGGCGAGUUACACGACAACAGCGUGACGAUCAAAUCCGAGGCGCCUCCCAUCGAGACACGUGAAGCCAAGUCUAUCCUGCACUAUAUCCAGUCAAUAGAUGCAUCCCAUCUUCCGUGGAACCCUGGCGAUGGAGCGCGAAAAUACAGGUUCAAGGUCAAGACGAUAGGUCGAGAGCUCCAUCUUCCGCCACGCCAGGCGACACUGCCAGCCGACGUCGAGCCACCCUCGGGUUCCGCCACUCUACACUCGCCCUUCUCGCCUCUCAGUCCAGGAUCUACGCUCUAUCCAGAUGGGCUCAUUGAUUCAAGAUGGUUGAGCAAGCACCAGGAUCUCAUUCCGAGUGUGUGCCUCUGCUUCUACCAGCUUACCCGAGACCCAACCCUGGCAACCCUGCACGACAACCAGCUGAAGACUGAUAUCAAUGCAUUGAAGAACUCCCUUGCACAGUCGGGCUAUAAGUCCCGCCUUGCCGUCGUCAUUCUGAGCGAUCAGACCCCGGCUUCGAUGGGGCAGUUUCAAGAGAGACUGGAGAACAUCAAGAAGGGCACGGGUCUAGACCCAAAGGCAUCCCUGUUCGUGCUUCCGACUCAAAGGAGCGAGGCAGAGCUAGAGACGGCUCUUGACAAUGUCCUCGGAGCUGUCUUCGAACAGGCGUGCGAGUACUAUCGCGAUCUUAGCCGGCGAGUCCGGAAAAAGAAGAGUCGCGGUAUAGUGCCGCCGCCGACUGUGCCACCCACAACGACCUCGCACACCUUGUCCUUGCAAGGCUGGAAUGUGCGGUAUGACUUCAAGACUGCUGUGUUUGCAGAGUUCCGCCAGGAGAUGGAUGUUGCCAUCCGGUCGUACGAACAAGCAUACGAGACAGUCCUCAGCUCUGACAUCCUUGGCGCCAUCCCAAGCUGGAGCACCAAGUUCAAUGAUGCAAGGCAGCUUGCGGAUGUGAUUGCUAUCCGCAUUCUACGCUGCCAUCUCUGGCAGGGCCAGAGUACGACCGCUGUGCGACGCUGGCAAAUACAUCAUGACAGGAUAGCCCACCUGCUGGAGCAAUACGGCCGAGGGAUCCAAAACUACGGCUGGAAAGCAUUUGAGUCACGCUGGACGGUCGUGAUGGCGCAACUGAUUGAAAAGGCGAAAUUCCCCGAGCUCGACCCAGCAUCGGGUGAAAUCCUCAGAGCUCCAGAACAGAACAUGUCUGCUGACCGACUGCAGCCUUGGGAACAACUACAUCAUGCUGGCUAUUGGUAUCGCCGAGCCGCGCGAUACCUUGUCGAACGCCGCAGGCUAGCCCGAAGUAUACCGGAGGACGAUCGCCAACCACCUUCGCCAUCGCUCACAAAGACCACAGCAAGCAAGUCUCAUCGAUAUGACUUGUACAUGUGCCCAGAGCCAUACGAGGAGUACCCUAUAACAGGCGCUGGGGUAGACCAUGCCCAACUUAUUUUCAACCUGCUUACGAUGGCUCGGAACGAGUACCAGAAGCGGCGGCAGAAUAGACUUGCUGCCGAAGUCGUUCUCGAAAGUUGCUGGGAGCUGGAAAACAUGAAGGCAUGGAAGCAAAUAUCCGAGCUCUUGACGCCCUUGUGGAGAGACAUGUCUUUCCGCAAAGAAAGCUGGCGAGACAUCACGGAGACACUAGGUUGGACUUUGCGCGCCGCCGCCGUACAGCUGGGCCAAGGGGAUCUGGUCGUGGCCAUUGAUUGGGAAUUGAUGGAUCAGUCGUUCUCCAAAAGGCACGGCUGGCAGUACGAUAUUGCUCGAUCUCUGGAUGGGCCGACCUUUAGUGAAAUCGGCAAACCCACCAUCACGAUAACGGACGAGGUGGUAUCAUCCUUCCUCACUGCCUCGUUUGCUUUCAAACACGCGGAGGCCAAGGCAGGUCAACCUUGUGCGGCCCAAGUUGCGAUCAGAUCCAACGCCUUCAGCACCUCCGCUCCCGUCACCUUGACCUCUCUCAAGAUUGACUUUGACGGUAGCCUACGGAGUAUUGAACUGGAACACGAAGAAGGCAGCGAUGUUGCGCACAGCAACAACGCGAAACUGCAUGUUAGACACAUUUCGCUAACAGAAAAGGAGAUCGACGAGGAAGAGGACUCUAAGUCUGAGUCUGAUUCUACUACAUCACAAGUAAAAUCAUCCAUGCUGCUGCACGGCCAUGGUUGCCUCACAAUUGCCCCUGGACAGAUAUUGGUGUUCGAAAUGGACAUACCUCUGCGUGAACCAGGGGAUGCGAGGGCAACCGACGUCCGUGUUACCGUUGAUAAUGACGCGUUUGCGCUCAAUUACUCAAUGGCCUUACCUGAGGAUACUACUGUGGGCCUAUGGCAUUCCAAUCUGUCUUCGAAAAAGGCCCUGAGAGUCAAUGCGCAGCACGUGCACGUUCUUCCGAGGCCACCCAAGAUGGAGCUUCGCUUCAUCAAAUUAAUACAGCAAUAUUAUACAGACGAGGCCAUCAGACUCGAGAUCCAGCUCCACAAUGCAGAGGAUGCCGAUGCCGACGCAAAGCUGGACUUGUCAGUCGUCGGCCAAGUCGUGCCGACUUUUAGUGUCCAAGCCGAUGCGACCAGGGAUGCCUCAAAGACUUUCAGCGCAGAUGCUGGUCGUGUCAGCAAUGUGCCAGUCGGGCGAGUCGGGAAGUCCGCCAUGGCGACGGUGUUCAUCGCUUUUGAUUCUAUUGACCACCCGACGACGGUCGAGAUCGCAGCCAAAGUCCUGUACUACUUGGUGUCAGAUCCGGCAACACCUAUCACGCAGCAUGCGACGUUCCUAUUGGAUGUUGUCACGCCGUUUGAAGCCAACUUUGACCUACUGCCCAAGGUACACACGGAGUGGCCUAGCUUGUUUGAUUACGAGGCGGUACAGGAGAUCACUGAGGAUGCAGAGCAUGUGGGCAGGCCUCUCGGCCUCGCACAGCGAUGGUCUCUGAUGACCCGCUACGCGUCCUUUGCAGCCGAAGAUCUUCAGGUAUCCAAUUUGAGCAUGAAUGUCAUCGCAACGCAAGGAGGCGCGGUCUGCACGGCAUCAAGGGACGAAGCUGCAAGGAAGGCGAACAUCAUUGUCAGCCCCAAGACUAUAGAGGAAGCAUCAUUUGACAUCAUCGCGCAGAAGCUUAGCCUCGACGACCGCGCGCCGUCGACCGCAGACCUCUCCUUCGCGAUUGACUGGCACCGCAUUGACGCCUCGGGCGCCGCUGGACCGCGCAACACCACCACGCUGCCGCUACCACGGUUUUUUGUGACAGUCUCCGAACCUCGGGUCCUCGCUCGCGUGACAUACACGUCCCCCUCACCCCCACCCAUCCCGACAUCGCCAUCCUCACCACCACUUCCGCCCACGGCCUCCCACCUGUCUGACCCACCCCUCGUCCUGCUCGAGAUCAUAGUUGAGAACCCGUCCUCGCACUUCCUCACAUUCGGCCUGACAAUGGACCUCAGCGACGACUUUGCCUUUUCCGGAGCCAAGACGACAACGCUCAACGUGUUGCCAAUCGCCCGGCGGGUCGUCACGUACCGCCUCCUGCCGCUCGUCCGGGGCACGUGGGUGCGCCCCUCGCUCGUCGUGCGCGACAAGUACUUCCAGAAAGUGCUCAGGAUUAUCCCAACCGAGGGAAUGAAGAGCGACAAGGAAGGAGUCUUGUUCUGGGUCCCUCCUGUGAGUGAGGAAGAGGAGGAAGCUGAUGAUGAUGACGAGGAGGAAGAGGAAGAGGAGUAGGAUUAAAGAAUCAAGGUUUUUGUGCAGUAGGAGCGUCCACUCCGGGUUUCACAUUCCUCUGGGUCGUGGACAACAGACAUAUUUCUUGUCAAUGUGAACGGGUCUGUUGAAGGACAUGAGAUGUGUUGCACUUCUUGCGACAAGAGGGAUCUGCCGUUCAUCACAUUGCCUGUAAUACUGUGUCCAAGUUUUGGGAAGUAUGAAUAUAAUUUUGAUCUAGAGUUGAAGUGAUAUGGAUAAAAUUCAAAUGAACGCUCCAGUGUUGAACUUGGUAUCUUUUUUGACGCUCCAUGACAGAAGAAGAAAAGCGAACCGCACAAAUCACUCCACCAACACCUUCCUCCUCUUCAUAUUUUAAAUU